AUAACAUGAUCUUACAUUUAUCCAUUCCAUAUUAAUAACCUAGUCUAACGAUUACUUAUAAUCUAAUCAUAAUUACUUUACGCUUUUUCAUAACAAACUCCGUAACAACUCCAAAAGUUUUAGUAAAACUUGGUAAAACUUUCACGAAGUUUUCAGCGUUGGAGAGGUUUGAGAUCGGGGAUCUAUGUAAACUACAUAUCUGUGGUUCUCAUAGCCUGACUGGUUUGCCAGGAUGAUUUUUGGAAGUGGGAAGGGAACUGGGAAGACAACUUUUGAAUACCAUGCACUCUUGUUCUGUUUUUCUCUCAACUUGUUUACUUCUAAACUGAAGUCGAAUAAGAAUUAUAAUUAUACUAGUUAGUUAUAAAUUAUAACAAAUGUUCCAAAUAAUUAAUAAACUUUGCUUCUUUAAUUUAUUAUGUUGACCGGGUUCAUAUUCUCUUUGGUCGUGAUUCGGUAAUCGAAAUGCCAGGGCAUCACCGUUGCGUAGUAAUGGAUGGCAGGAAUUUGCGGGAGGAUGCAUCAAGAAAGCUAGUUUGGUGUACAGCAUUAAAUCUUGACCCGGAGGCCUCAUAUAAGGGAAAAGUUAUCUGCAGUGAGCAUUUCUUGACGGAAGAUAUGAAAUUUACAAGAAAACUCCUUCCUAAUGCAACCCCUAAGAUAGUACAAAAUGUAUCGCGAAUACAGCCAACAAAAGAUCUUACCAGCACAUCAAUUAGCGUAAAGACAUUUAGGAGUCGCUCUACCCAAUCAGAUCCGGAACCGAUAAUUUCCACAUCUCAAAAUGGUCGUAAACGUCUGAAAACAUCCUGCAAAAAAGUCCUGCCAAAAAAAAUCCUGCAAAAAAGUCCUGCAAACAAGUCCUGCCAAAAAGUCCUGUAAAAGUCCUCCUAAAGUGAUGACAUGAAGCACUAUAUGUAAAAGUAGAUAUAUAUGUAUGUACAAAUGUCUUAGGUAUCUUAACGAAUAUUCAUAUUAAUAUUAAUUCAGUUGUAUGAAUUCGAGUGUGAAGAAGAUUCAUCACACUCAACGAAUUGUUUUCCUCUUGUUUAAUUUUUAGAUUCUUCCUUUAGAACUUUGCUCAUUCAACUACAUUCUUAAAGCACAUUUUAUGACGUGACAUUAUUAGUGAAAUUUCAUCAAAUAGCUUCAAAACCCAGGUGUGUCAUGAAUAAAUGAAAGAUUAAUAAAUACUUCCAACUUAUAUAAUGCAAAUCUGUAUAUAUCGACAUAAUGUAUGCAAAUAAAGCCCGAACAUACAUAUAUGUAAAA